AAACGAAUAGGAAGAAAGAGAAUAGGAAUGAAUCUGGUGCAGUUGCAUCCGUUAUCCCUUUCUCCCGCCAAUUCUCACCCUCCGCCAUUUCCAUCUCAAAUUCUCCUGUCCAAUUUCUCAUCCCGAUUUAUCGCUGCGAGAUAUUCAUUCAGGAGCUUUUGCAGCAGCAAAGGGAAAGCUGCAGACGACGCCGUCUCGGAGGAAUUCUCGGUACUCUCAUCGGACAUUCCAUGGGAUGGUGGGAGUUCAUGGAGCACAAUGGCCUUGUAUUUCUUCAGUUUACACAUUCCUCUGAGUUUCGGUGGGCUUUCGCUUGUCACCCAACUACUACAUCAACCUAUUCUUGACCCCCAAAUGAAGGCUAUAUCAUUGCCUAUUAUCCAAACUACAGAGCUGUUGGGGGCUUUAGCACUCUUACAGUACACUACAAAGCGACAGUAUAAGCUAACCAGUUUCUUCCAUGGUAAGAAGCAUUCCGGUGAAAGGAAUUGGAUACAGGCAUCGGCACUGGGUUUUGGUUUUCUGAUUUCAUUGGUUCUACUCACAUCGCUGCUUGCUGACAGAUUAAUUGGUACAAAGGAUGUCAAUAACCCAAUGCUGACAGAGAUCCUUUCAAGCAGUAAUGCUGCCAAAGUGGCAUGUUUCACUGUCUAUUGCUUCAUCACUCCUCUACUGGAAGAGAUUGUCUACAGAGGAUUUCUACUAACAUCGCUCACUUCCACGAUGGAAUGGUGGCGGGCCGUCAUCAUAAGCGCUUGCGUCUUCAGUGCGGCACACCUAUCUUGGGAGAAUGCACCACAGCUCUUCAUCAUCGGGUGUGUCCUCGGAUGCACUUACUGCUGGACAGGUAAUUUAGCAUCGUCUUUCACCAUCCAUUCACUGUAUAAUGCAGUGAUACUGCUGUCCAUGAUUUUAGCUUAAGAGAGGUUGGAGGCAUCAUUGAGACUGCAUGGGGGUCCAUUCCCAAGAUGAGGAGAGUUCAUGCAGUUGGGCCCACUGUCGGAUUCCCUUUUGUGCAAAAGUCGUCCGAGUCUGACGAUCAUGACCGCCUGCUUAUUGGGUUUUUUUUUUUGGGUAGCUGAAUGUGAAAUGCGGGUUGUUAGAUAGGGUUAGCGACAGGUGGCCCAUUUGGGGCCUGACCCUCUAGUUACAUGGCUAGGGUCCCUAACAUGGCUUGAGGGCUGGCCCAGUUGAGAAAUCUAGGCCUAGUGUCCGUGCUGAGCUAUGCUUGGGCCAAUGAUGAAUGGAUGGUUUAGGGCAAUUGUGAAUUACAUCAGGUAUUGUGUUGUAAAAAUGCAAUGAUUACAAAUUAUGGGUGGCCCCACACAUCAUUAGUGUAUAUUAACUAUUGUGUUUACGUAUAAUGUCUAUUUAGUUAUAAAGACUUUACAUGUAAUCCGAAACAUGGUUUUUUGCCAA